AUGGUGGCCGGUUAUGGCGGCGGUCGCGGAGGUUAUGGUGGGGGCUACGAGGCGGCUAUGGUGGAGGCUACGGAGGCGGUCACGGAGGCUAAUGGUGGCGGUUAUGGCGGCGGUCGCGGAGGCGGCUAUGAAAUAUACUCUCGCACUUCUGUUGAUAGCGCCGGGCCGGCAUGUGUCCUGGCGGGAGGCUCUGAGGUGGUUAUGGUGGCGCUACGGAGGUGGCAGUGGAGGCUUAUGGUGGGGUGUUAUGGUGGAAGGUCGCGGAGGCGCUAUGAAGCCAGUCUGGCCUUAACCUUCAUAGCGGAAAGCUUUGCACAUGAACAUAAUAACUCUCGCCCUUCUGUUUGUGUAUCAGCCAUGGGCCCCCGGGGGGGGGGUCAUGUGUCCUGGCGGGCAGCUCUGGGAGGUUGUUUGGUGGCGGCGUACGGAUGUGGCCAUGGAGGCCUAUGGUGGUGGUUAUGUGGAUAUGGAACCCUUUGUGACACCAACAUGGUCGCGGAGGCUAUGGUGGGGGCUACGGAGGCGGUUAUGGUGGCGGCUACGGUGGCGGCUAUGGUGGGGGCUACGGAGGCGCUCAUGGAGGUUAUGGAGGCGGUCAUGGUGGGGGCUACGGAGGCGGUUGUGGUGGCUAUGUUGGUGGUUAUGGCGGCGGUCGCGGAGGCGGUUAUGGUGGCAGUUAUAGUGGCUGUUCCAGCCAUGGCGGCAUGUGUCCUGGCGGGAGGCUCUGGAGGGGGUUUUAUGGUGGGGGUACGGAGGGGGGCCGUGGAGGCUAUGGUGGUGGUUAUGGUGGAGGUGGGCGGAGGUUAUGGUGGGGGCUACGGAGGCGGCUAUGGUGGAGGCUACGGAGGCGGUCGCGGAGGUUUAUGGUGGCGGUUAAUGGCGGCGGUCGGGGAGGCGGCUAUGGUGCGGUUAUGGGGGCGGGCCGUGGAGGAGGCUAUGGUGGCGGCUACGGAUACGGGAAAUAAUAAUUCCGGUUGUAAUCUUAUCGUAAGCAUUUUCGUUUCAGAAAUCACUGUAGCCUUCUGUUGGUGGCAGCCAUGGUGGCAUGUGUCCUGGCGGGAGGCUCUGGAGGCGGUUACGGUGGGCGGGUAUGGAGAAGGCCGUGGAGGCUAUGGCGGAGGCUAUGGUGGGGGUACGGAGGAGGAUCUAGAGGGGGUUAUGGUGGCGGCUACGGAGGGCAGUCGCGGAGGGUAUGGUGGUGGUUAUGGCGGGGGCUACGGAGGCGGUCGCGGGGCUAUGGUGGCGGUUAUGGCGGCGGUCGCGGAGGCGGUAAGCUUAUUGUAUGUAUUUACGUUCAGAAAUACACCAUCGCACUUCUGUUGGUGGCAGCCAUGGUGGCAUGUUUUCAUGGCGGGAGGUCUGGAGGCGGCUACGGUGGCGGCUAUGGAGGCUAUGGGGGUGGGUUAUGGGGGCGGUCGCGGAGGCGGCUAUGGUGGGGGCUACGGAGGCGGUCAUGGAGGUUUGGAGGCGGUUAUGGUGGCGGCUACGGAGGCGGUCGUGGAGGCUAUGGUGGUGGUUAUGGCGGCGGUCGCGGUGGCGGUUAUGGCGGCAGUUUUUGGUAGCGGCUAUGGAGGGCGGCUAUGGGGGGCGGUCGCGGAGGCGGCCGUGGAGGAGGCUAUGGGAUAUUAA